AUGGUGUACUUGAGAUACGGGACGCUUGCUCUGGUGGGAACGAUACUCGGUGCUCAAGUGGCCGACUCUCAUAGUCACAAUGACGAGGGGCAGAUACCGCUGAGCCAGGAGGAGCUGGAGCACAAAUGGGCACCAGAGCUGAUGUUCGAAGCCUUCCUGGAGCUAGGCAUGAGAAAGACCGCCUACCAACCGAAAAAGGGCAAACAAUCCAAGAGACAAGCGAGGAUAUCAGACGGCAAGCCCAAACUGGUGACUCUCGGGGGCGACCACAGCAUCAUCCUGCCGGCCUUGAGGGCGCUGAACCAGAUCUAUAAAAAGCCGAUCACGGUCAUCCACUUCGAUGCACACCAGGACACAUGGGAAUCCUCCCGCUACGACGGGUACUGGAAACCAGACGUCGACGGGCUCAACCACGGAACCUGGCUGUUCCACGCCGGCCAGGAAGGGUUGAUUUCAAACACUACGUCUGCCCACGCGGGGCUACGGUCCUAUCUCGGCGGCGCAGACGAUAGAGACUACCGUACCGGGGUAGAGAAAGGGUUCAUGCGCAUUCACGCGGAUGAUGUGGAUGAUAUUGGCACUCAGGGGGUGGUCGAUGCGAUUGUUUCGCGAGUUGGCCUCGACCCGGACCAGCCUGUGUAUAUCAGUUUGGAUAUAGAUGUGCUAGAUCCCAGCAUUGCACCUGGAACAGGAACGCCGGAGUCAGGCGGCUGGACGAGCAGGGAGCUUGCUAGGAUUCUGCGUGGGUUGGAGAAGCUGAAUGUGGUUGGGGCUGAUGUGGUGGAGGUCUCGCCUAGCUAUGAUCACCGAGCGGGAGGGACUGCUCUUGCGGCUGCGCAUGUGGUUAACGAGAUCAUAGCCAGCAUGGUGAAACUUGGGGUUGAAGAUCCGGACAAGGUCGGGGGCUGGUUUGGUAGAAAGGGCGAGAAGUCAGUCAAAGAGGGUGUGAUGGAAUCAUAUCAGGGGGGCGCUGAUAGUUCAGAAGCGCAAAAGGACGAGCUUUGA